CAAAUUCCUCAUCGAUCUCUCUUCUCAAAUUUUAAUUCACAGUAAUGGUUUAGCUGUAUUCCUCUAUUUCUCUAAUUUCUCGGUUUUCAUCACUUAUCCAUUUCGCUUUAAAAUGUUGCAAGGUAAUUUGAUAUUUCUAGUGGGGAAGUCUUGAUUGUAGAGAGUCUGUUUACCUAGAUUAUGGCGGGUUGGCAGCGGCAUCUGCAGUCGCUAGUACGUCAGGUUGCAAAGAGAUAUGAAUGCAGCCGCGGUGCUUCAUUCAGCACUUUCAGUCAAGCAAAGGAUUCACGUGUGUCUGGUGCACUUCCCUCCUUGACUAGCCUCCGGAACUCAUUGUUUUCACCUGUCUCAACAUCACCGUCUCUAUAUACCCAGAAAUUGGGAUUCAGUAGUUCAAGGAGCUUGCUCGCUGCCGAAGGAACUCCUACAUCUUCACCCUUAAUACCAGCUCUACCAUCAAGUACUGGAACUGGAAAUACUGAAACUCAAAGGGCCAUUUCUAAAGCAGAAAAGGUUCAAGCAGUUUUGAAGGGAAUAAAGAUGAGUCCUAAGAAGUUAAAUUUGGUGGCUGCAUUGGUCCGUGGAAUGCGUGUUGAAGACGCGCUGUUGCAGUUGCAAGUGACGGUGAAGAGAGCGGCUAAAACUGUAUACCAGGUUAUACAUUCAGUUCGCGCCAAUGCAACACACAAUCACGGACUUGAUGCUGACCGCCUUCUUGUUGCGGAGGCAUUUGUUGGCAAGGGAACCCAUCUGAAGAGGGUAUCAUACCAUGCUAAGGGUAGAUCUGGCAUAAGAGAGAGAGCAAGGUGUCGGCUGACCGUGGUGGUAAGGGAGAUAACUGCAGACGAGGAGGCGGAGAUAGCUAAGUUGAAGGUGCACAACUUCCGCAAGCUUACUAAAAGAGAGAAGCGCCUCGUUCCUCAUACACUCAUCGAGACCACUCCCGUUUGGGAUCGCAAGAACAGAUCCCGAAGCCAAGAAUCAGCUGAAUAUUAGUUCACAAGUCAAACUGCUCCAAAUUCAAGUUGAUCAUCUGCUUUCUGCUGCUGCAUUUUUCUGCAAUCAAAAUUUGAAGACAGGUGGUGGCUAAUAAUGUCAUACUAGAAUACAACUAGACGCAGCAAAUGGUUGAAUUUUUUUGGAUGAGGUGAGAUGCUUGUUUUUAAUGUGCUUUCAAAUAUGAAAUGAGUGAGCUGUCCAAUUCUGCCACAACUAUUUCAACUGUUUUUUUCUAAAUAGUUUUUAAAUCCACUUUUUGUAUUGCUUCACCUACUUUUGGUAUGUAUUGAAUAUUUACACAAGUAUGUGGAAGAAAUUGUCUACAACAAAACAAAGUUUAAUUAAAAA